CAUGACGAUUCAUAACCGACUGUCUUUGUGUAAACAUAAGCGAAUAGUUUUACACUAUAUAUUUUUUAUAGUUUAAGUGGUUUAACAAUUAUAAAUGCAACGAUCAGUUUUUAUUCGUGUGUUCGCGUUGAUGUGCAUUGAUAUUUUGCAUAAUGUGAGUUAGAUAACGUGCGUUUAAUACGAUCGUACGGAGCAAAACAAACAUAAUGGCGAAAGCAGAAAGUCAUGUGUUUAGACUUGCUAUAGUGGGAUGUAGUGCAGUUGGCAAAUCGUGCAUGUUACAGAGAUUUUGCAAGGGUACAUUUUCAGAAAAACAUGUAGAAACACCUGGUGUGGACUUCGUAAUAAAAGGCAUUGCAUUAGAUGAAGAAAAUAUAAAUCUAUACAUAUGGGAUACUUGUGAUGAUGUCAGUCAUAGAGCCCUCGUUGACUUCCAUUGCAGUUCAGCAAUGGGGUAUAUUGUUGUUUAUGAUAUAACAUCAGAAGAAACCUUCGAUGAUAUUGAUGCCAGGAUCAAACACUUGAAAGAGGUAUUCUGAUUACUGUGUUAUGCA